UGCAAUAUACAUAUACAUAUGUAUGUCUUUAACUUUAUUGUUAUUAGUCAAAUAUUGUCUUAUCGUGCGUAGUACGCCUGUCGUUUGUGAAAAGUUGGAGAGCUGAAAACAAUUAAAUCGAAGACAAACGAAAAAAAAGGAAUUAAACCAGUUCCCGAGUUGCAGACGCCACAAAGGUUGACAAAUAUCUACAUAUAGUUUAAGGACCGUCUUUAUUUUAAUUAAGAUUGAAAGUCGCCGGUGUAAGCAGCUCUCAUAUCUGGUCCUUAUUUUGCAUCCAAGCCCAACGUCGGUCAUUCUGUUACGAUGGUGAUGUGUAAGGGAGGUGCAGUAAUGGUUUUGGUGAGCAACGAAUGGCUGAACAAUAAGGAUGACGGAAGCCAGAAGCCAAGCCCAGCAUCGCUAACAACAUCGGCAGCACCAGCAACAAGUGCAGCAACUCUAAAUAACGAGCUCAAUGCUGGGUCGCCAGAUUUAAGCAGAGCAGCCGCUAUAGCCGGAGGAGAAACAACAGCAUCCACGACUGUUAAGCGGAAGAAGGCUCAGCAGCACACUACUAGCAUGGAUACUGUGAAAAAACUAGGGCCGGAUCAACCCAUUCAAUUUAUGGAGAGAGAGAAGCACGAGCUGGAGUCUGAGGAAACUAACAUUGAGGAGGACGAAGCGAUGUUAGAAAACCAGGAGAACAACAAUAUACAACUGUGCUGUGACUCCAACACAAGCACACUGCAGAGUGCCACCAGUCCUGAUCGUCGCACUACAUCGCCUCAGCAGAUGCUGCAUAUGGCAAUGAACUCUGUACUGAAUGUCAACAAUGCAAACAGUGUUGGAGUAGGAGUACCUUCAACGGUCAGUCUGCUCAAUUCACUGGGUGGACUCCGGGAACCGACUGCAGCACCGGACUGCGGUAGUUUGCUAAUAUCCCCUGGUAAUACAAACACCGGCUUGGAGUCCACUUCAGGUACAGGUGAAGCAAAAAUCGUACUUCAUUGUGAGGCCAAGUCACACAAGUUCGAGACGAGAUCAAUACUUCUACAGCCGAACCAGGAGUGCAAGGUGGGCCGUCUUAUUGCCAAGAGUAAGGCGAGCGAAAACAAUGCGAUUUUUGAUUGCAAGGUCUUGUCUAGAAACCACGCAAUGCUCUGGUAUACGGCUGAUGGACGUUUCUGGGUUAAGGAUACAAAAUCGAGCAACGGCACCUUUAUUAAUGACAAAAAGCUAGGAAACGAUCCUGCUGAGCUGCAUUAUGGUGACAGCGUCAAGUUUGGCGUUGAGGUGAUCGAAAAUUCGCGGCAAGAAGUGCACGGCUGCAUUAUUGCCCGCGUGACAUUGUUUCUACCUGAUGGCCGUGAGGCUAUUUCGAUCGAAUCGGAGCAGAUGCUGCUGCUGACGGGGCCCAAUCGGAUCAGCUUUGACGAAAUCCAGCGCCUUAACUCUUUCCUUCAAGAAGCGGCGCAGCGGGAGAAGGCGCUAAAGGCAAAGUUAAGUAGCUUGCAAGGCAUUCUUGAUUCUACGCGGAAAAACUCUGCUAUGUGUUGGCAAAGCAUGAUAACUGAGGAUCAGUUGAUACACAAGAUAAAUCUCCUGGAAAAAAAAUUGCAGAUGAUGGAAAAGAACGUACCCGAAAAUACAUUACGAAAUGAGGUUGUUAAGAUGCUCGAGGAUAAGACCACAUACCAGUUGACUGCCAAAGAGGCCCUUCGCAAGGUCUAUCAAGAGCGCUGUGAUGCCAUGCAAAUGUACUCAAAAAUGGAGAUGGCCUAUGCCACCACAGAGAAUGAGUGCGGAAUAUUGCGUGCUCAAAUUCUUACUUCGAAGCAGGCACUGCAAGACUACGAUGCCCGGAUAGAAUCGCUUCAGCAAGAGUUCAUCGAGUAUAAGCAGGAAUCCCAGCGUCAGCAGAAAGAGGCUAAAGAACAGGAAGAACGUAAUUUAGGGGAAUUAAAGGAACAGUUGGUCAUACAAGACCGUGAAAUGGAUGAACUGCGUCUGCAAGUUACACAUCUUCAACGUACUAUUGCUGAUCAUGACAGCGAACAGAAGUUACAGGAGCAGAAUGUCUUGGAACAACUGGAUUCCGUUAUACCCGACGAUGAUGAUGAACAUGACGAGAAUGAAGACGACAAUGAAGAUAUUCAUGCCACCAGUUACGAAGAAGAACCACAAAAAUCGGAUGUGCCGGAGAAAAAGGUCAAGAAGUUCAAAUUAAACGAAGUUGAACUGAAAAAUAAAUUAAUUCGAAAGUCUAGCGUAUUGAAGUUGCUAAAGAAUUCCGAUCUCAACAAAGGAGAAGGUGGAUCCGCAUUGCUGAGAGCCAUAAUUAAUGAUAACGAUGAUGAUGACUCCCAGUCUUCGGUUGUAUCAGCUGAGCUUAGUGCGGGCAUUAAGCGAUACGCAGCUGAUGAAACCGCCAGCGACGAGUUUAUUCAUAAUUCGCCAAAGCAUAUGCAGGUUAAUGGUAGCGAUGAGGUCCAGCUGUCUGCAGUUCAAAUGUUGCAGAGCCAAGAAACCAUUGUGUGCAACGAAAAACAAGAUAAUCUAUAUAUGCUGCCUGACUUGCCCACGGACCAAGCCAUUGAAAUGUUACAGGUGGAAUGUGAUACGUACAAGGAAAAGACUGCUAGCCUAACUGAUGACAUUCGCUCCAUGCAAGAACUGAUUGAAGAACUAAAGAAGCAGCUUGAAUUGGAGAUUGAAUGCAACGCCAGACUUCGAUCCCUAGGAGAUCAAACCGAAAAAACAAGCGAAAAACAGCAGCGUAUGUCGUCGGGCCAGGACGGCGCAGAAGAAACUUGGAUUGACGACAUCGCAACUAUGAAUAGUUUUCAGAUGGAGCGCGAAGAGGAACUCAUUGUUUACAAGGAAAGAUUGGAAGAAUUGGAGAUAUGCAACAUGCAGCUACGCACCGAAUAUCAAAUCUUCGCCUUAACCAGCAGCAGCACAUGCAAACUGACAACAAACAAUUGCUACUUCACAGGGUCCUGCCAAUCGGCUGCGUAG